AUGAACAGGUCUUAUGAUAAUGAUUUUUUACCAACUACAAAGGAUUUUAUUUCGCAUUGGACGAGGAAUUCUGAAGUAAAAAACAAAAAAUCGAAGUCACAGUUUCCACAGAAGAUGAAAAGAGCUGCGAAUUCGGAAGCUCAGCUGACACAGGUGAAGCUGCCUCCGCUUUCUUGCAAAAUUGGGUCGCUUAAAACCUUUUUAAAUCCUGAUGAUUUUGCGAGAAGUGCAAAUGAUUUUCAAAUUCAAGAAAAAACAUCUAAAUCGGGGUAUAGCUCUUGAUUCCAUAAAGAGCUAUUUUUAUUCUUACAAAAAAAUGCAAUUGACUGCUUUAAGCCCAUCUUAUUUCUCUAAGUUUUUUUUAUUAGUCAAUUUUUGUAUUGAAAGCAAAAAAAAAGGCUAUAAUGUCAAUAGAAAUAAGGAUUAUCUUAUAUAGGAGAAAAACUUGGAAAUUGUAUAUAACGAUGAAUGAAGAACUGUCAAGUAGCUCAGUUAAGGAACAGUUAAAUAAUUUAACUGAAGGGCAAGAUGACUCUGAAAGUGUAGACCCAAGAAAAUUGCUGCUUUAUGAUAAGCAUGCGAUCAAUAGAAGAAGAGCUGCUGGGAAAAUUUGUGAAACAAUUGUGGAAGAAGUAAAAAAGCAGUUUGGGCAUAUUGAGCAGAAAGUUGAAGCGCCACAGGUGAUUGAGAGGUCUGGAGAUCCAGUUGAAAGACUAAGAGAAAAGCUUGAAAAAAUUAAAAUCGAAAAAAUCAGCGAUUCCAAAUUUUAUGAAACCGGCACACCCAAAAACUCCACCCGGAAAAAAGGCGUGAACUUUCGAAGCGAAUUAGAUUCAAAAGACCACGAAGAAACAGUCUCCCACGAGUCCAACGUCCUUAAAUCAAGCAAAAGCUUCGACAAAAUCCAAAGGGACGAAAUAGUCCAAAGCGGCGAUUUAACAGAGCUCCUCAGCAUUGACUCAGCCAGAGACAACUUAGGCGCCGAGGCCUCCGCAAUCCUCGCAAAAGCUAUGAUUUUUCUUAACCUCCAAAACCAAUUCGAAAAAACUGGUGCAAAAAUCCUAUUUGAUGGGAUAAGAGAUAUCAUUGAAAACGCGUUUUCUUAUAACAUAAGGUCCUCUGUAUUCAAAAAAAGAUUUAUUUCAAUUAACAGAAACUGCUUGUCUUUUCCAAGCUGCGGGAUUGACCAAUUGAAAAUUAUUUAUUUGAUAAAACAUUUUACGUGCUUUUUUACACUAGUAAAGGUCGAUUUUUCAGGAAAUCAGAUAGGGGAUAAAGCCGUGGCCGCGCUUACGUUAGCCUUGAUGCAUGCAAGCCCAUGCCUUGAAGAUUACGAUUUAUAUAGAAUUUAGCUGAAUUUGUAUUUAAUUUAUGCAUUUUAAUAAAAAUAGUUAUUUAAGGAUAUAAGUGUAUCGUAUACUGGGAUAGGACUUCCAUCAGCCCAGGCGCUACAGCAAUAUUUAUCAGACAGCCCCUGCCAAAUCCAAUUUUUAAGGAUCGAAGGCAACAAAUUCGAAGACGCCGGAGCCUGCUGUAUCGCAAUGGGCCUUCUCUGCAACUCUAGCGUCAAAUUCUGCAACAUCAGCAAAAAUGAUAUGGAAACUGCCUCAGGCCUGGCUUUUUCCAAAGUUAUCAGAAUAAAUAGAACCUUAAAAGGCCUCAACCUCUCCUUCAGCACUUUUGACGAACACGUUUCUAAAGACUUAUCUCGAUCUCUUAUAGUAAACACUGAGCUUAAAAGCUUAGUUCUCUAUAAAUGUGGGCUGACUGAUAAAGAUAUGAGGGAAUUCGGACACAUGUUGAGCGCCAAUGUAGCCUUGCAGCAGCUUAUGCUGAACCAAAAUGCAAUUGGGUAUAAAGGAUUGAGCAAUUUAUCGUAUGGAUUAGAAAAAAAUAAGACGCUUGCUCAUUUAGGGUUAAGCGGAAAUUUGGGGAUUAAAUUGAGGAUGCUGGAAAAAAUGAAGGAAUUUGUACCGAGAGAGGUGGAAAUUGAUAUAGCGAAGGAGGAUGAUUUUUUUAGGUCGGCUGAGGAGAAAAAGCUGAAGCUGAUGGAAUUGAUAAGAUAA